AUGACGUUCGACGAAUUAACUAUCUUUCAAAUUGACCCUAAAGAACCUUUGACAAAUUUCAUCAACGGUCAAUUUGUCGCUGCGAAAGAUGUCAUGGAUACGAUUGACCCAUCGACGGGAGAAGCUUGGGCCCAGAUCCCACGCUCAAGCCCUGUCGAAGUAAGCCAAGCCGUCAAAGCGGCAAAGGCUGCCUUCCCUGCCUGGUCUACAACUUCUGCUCAAUAUCGUUCUUCCCUACUGCUUAAAGUUGCCGAGAUCGUUGAGAAGCACCUGGAUGGUUUCGCUGUAUUAGAAUCACGAGAUCAGGGAAAACCGGUUGCCCUUGCAAAACGAAUCGAUAUCCCGCGCUGUAUUCACAAUUUUCGAUUCUUUGCUACAGCUAUUUUACAUCAUACUUCGAAAUCAACCCAUCAAGAUGAACCCAUUCGUGCUGUCAACUAUGUAAAGCAUGAUCCAAUUGGGGUGGCCGCACUUAUCAGCCCCUGGAAUUUACCGUUGUACUUGCUUUCCUUUAAACUGGCACCAGCGCUUGCCACCGGGAAUACGGUGGUUUUCAAGCCAAGUGAGCUGACAAGCGUGACCUCGUGGGUAUUGAUGCAUGCAUUUGUAGAAGCUGGAUUCCCUCCCGGUGUCGUAAAUAUGGUAAUUGGCACCGGCGCAGAGGCCGGAGAGUCCCUCGUGAUCCAUCCUGAUGUCGAUAUUGUUUCUUUUACCGGAAGUACGGUAGUGGGUAAGAGGAUCGCCGCAUUGUGUGGGUCGCAAAAUAAAAAGAUUAGUCUGGAAAUGGGUGGCAAAAACGCCUGCAUCAUAUAUCCCAGCACCGACUUGGAAAAAGCAGUACCAGUUAUUACCACCUCGUCAUUCAUCAACCAGGGUGAAAUCUGCCUUUGUUCAAGCAGGAUUUACGUUCACGAAUCGAUAUUUGAUGAAUUUCUUUCAAAAUUUGUGGAAGCUGCGAAAAAGUUCACUGUUGGAGAUCCGAGAGGACCAUCAACGCUUGGGGCAAUGAACUCGGAAAUCCAUUAUAAUAAGGUUAUGGGAUACAUCAAACUCGCUGAGAAAGAAGGUGGCAAAAUCCAUUGCGGUGGGAAAGCGGAAAUUGAGGGCCGUUGCGAAAAGGGUUACUUCAUCGCGCCAACGAUCAUCACUGGGCUUGAUGAAAAUAGCAAGUGUGUGCAGGACGAAAUUUUCGGUCCUGUUGUGUGUGUGAUGCCAUUUUCAACACGAGAGGAAGUGAUUUCGAAAGCCAAUGCUACUCCAUACGGUCUAUCUGCUUGUGUAUGGUCGGCUAUUUCCGAAGAACUGCACAAUACAGCUGGUCAACUCCGAGUUGGAACUGUCUGGUGCAACACCUGGCUGACCCGCGAUCUCAAUAUGCCCUUCGGUGGUACUAAACAAUCUGGAAUUGGAAGAGAAGGUGGAGAAGACUCCUUCCACUUUUUCACCGAACCCAAGACCAUUUGCAUUGCUUUG